CUUUUCUCUGGCAUUCGAGGUUGUGACAGUUAUGUUUUCGUCUCUGCCGUCUCUGCUGAUCUGUCAUUUACGGAAAUUCAAGAGAACGGGAAAGAAAAAAAUCCGUGCCCACAGCAAGGUCGGGGUCGUCCUUUUCUGCCUGGCUGGCCGAGGAUGGACCCGUACCGAGAUUAUCAUUAUGGCCCCCGCACCCAGAACGUGCUCGGCGAGAAGUGACCACCGCAUCCGGGAGCUGAACGCCGUUAUCUACGGUGUGCUGCGCUUCAUCAUGGAGUCCUGCGCCAAGGGUUACGAGGUGGUCGUGUCCGGAAAGCUGCGCGGUCAGCGUGCCAAGUCGAUGACGUUCGUCGACGGAAUGAUGAUCCAUUCCGACGAUCCGUGCAAAGAGUACUCCGCCACGGCCACGCCGCUGCGCCAGGGAGAGCUCGGAAUCCAGGUCAAGAUUGUGCUGCCGUGGGACCCGAACGGCAACAUCGGCCCCAAGGAGCCGCUGUCGGACAACGUGGAAAUGGUUGAUCCGUCAUAAGUUGAAGCUGAGAAGGAUUCUGGCCGUUCAAUGUCAAAGAUAAUAUUAGUGUGAUAAGUUGAUACGAGUUCAAGAUCCACAAUCUGUCCCUCUCAGCUAACGAUAAAUGAGCCGGAUGGUGGCCCGAUCAGAAAAAAAUACAAAUGUUUGCGUCAUAUAACUAAAUAAAAUAAAUGAAAUUUUCAUCAACCAACAUUGUCCAGAUCGCAAAAUUUAAUAGAGUGGAUUUUCCGAAAAAAUGUGCCGUUCUAGAGCUUUGGAAGAGUUGUUGGAAAUGGGAAGGAGCAACUUUUAGCUUGUUUAAAAAUGAGGGUGGUUCACGAUUAGGGUGUUUUAAAAAAUUUAAGGGUUUUUUUGUCUACUAUAGAGUUGUUGGGCUUGUUAAUCCAAGAAACUUUGUCGAAAACUCCAAAAUGUUAUCUAGCAAUCUACGCUUACUACGACUAAAUUUAAAGAAAGGAUCUGAAAAAAACCUUAAAAGUCUGUUUUUUAGCGUAGUCUUUCAGGGUUAAGUUUUAGAGAAAAGUGAUGUUCAGGGCACUUUUAGAGCUCUCAAAAACAAACAUUUUUGUAAGUCAAUUUGGACUUCAAGGUCAACCAUUUUGUAAUAAAUAAAAAUAAUCAAUUUAAAAAAAAAAAAUUGUUCGUUCAACAGCUUUGCCUUGGCGUUCUCUAUUGCUAGAUUCCUACUCGAAACAAGUUUUCCGAAGGUUUGAAACAGUGAGACAAUCCAAACAUUUUUUUACACCUAAGCUCCCAUACACCCCGGGAUUCGAACUGACGACCUUUGGAUUUUGAUUCCAAUUGACGAUCAGCGACUCUACCGAGGCAUGCUUUUCCCAGGAAGACGAUUUCUACACCAGGACUGAGCUAAAGACCUAACGUCCUGACCUCUAGGUUAGACCGGGGCCAACAUUUACUUUCCCGUCUGACAAAAGGCGUGAUCAGACAAAUCUAGUCUCAAAAAAUUCCACCGGGCCAAUUGGGGUGUGAGAAAACUCUUACCACAGAUCCCGAACAUUUUAAAACUUAACCUUAGUUUUCAACCAAGCCAAAAGUUGCCCCCUUCCCAUUAGCAACAAUUCUUCUGAAGACACCAAAUUGUACCAUUUUUCGUAAAAUCAAUUUUCCACUUAAUUUUGCGAUCAGAAAGGAACAUUCCUAAUCGAUGCGACAUGGAUGCCGAAUAUUACAAUUAUAUUUAUUUAUUUUGAUAUUAUUAAACAUUGUGUUUGUUUACAUCGCUGAUGUAAACAGAAUAUAACGUCACUACUACAUGUAUGCACUAUUGACGUCAUGACUAAUACAUGAAAAUUUCAAUGAUCAUCAUCGUUCCAAUACACUCACAUCGCACUAACACAUUGACAUUGGUGAUGAUGAGGCGUUUCACCUUAAGUGAUGAAAAACAGUCCAAUGCUGCCCACCAUUGAAAAAACGGCUCAUAUCCACUUUUGACAAAAACGAGUUAUUAGCACCAGGUCGUAGAGGAUGUUCCUACGCAUCUU